UCAGCGAGGAAACUUCAAAAUCUAUUCGUCCAACUGUAACCUGAGGGUCCUCCCCCUGCUCUGCUGCUGAGAGCCAGCCUGAAACUGUGACUGUCGACAGCGGCACAUGUCAGGAGCAGGAGGAAGUCACCUCUGAGGCAGACCUUUAAUAAAACACACGACAGUUUAGUUUCUGUUAGCCGACAUCACCGUGAUGCCUCUCCGGGUCGCGCUGCAGGGUCCUGGGCCGUGGGGCUUCAGGCUGGUGGGGGGAAAGGAGUUCGACCAGCCGCUGACAAUUUCCCGGGUCACCCCCGGGAGCAAAGCUGCCCAGGCCAACCUGUGUAUGGGAGACAUGAUCUUGGCCAUCAACGGAGAACCGACGGAGGGCAUGACUCACUUGGAUGCACAGAACAAGAUCAAGGGGUGCAUAGACGAGUUGGUGCUCUCCAUAGACAGGUCAGAAACUAAACUGUGGUCGCCGCUGUCGUCUGAGGAAGGGAAGACACAUCCGUACAAGAUGAAUCUUGCAUCAGAGCCAAAGGAGGUGAAGCACAUAGGCUCGACCCACAACAGGAGCGCUCUGCCCUUCUCCAGUUUUGGCCCCAAAGUUGCGACCAACACGUACAACAACCCCUCUGGUCUCUACUCUUCAGAGAACAUCAAGGACUUCAACGCAGCCGUGGAUGUUGUUAAAAGCAGUGCUACAGCGAAUGAGCCCGACAACAAGGCUCCAUCAGAUCCAUCGCAGACAUGCAAGCGGACGCAUGUAGCAGCGGAUUCAGAGGUUUACAAGAUGCUGCAGGAGAACCAAGAGUCUGAUGAGCCUCCUCGGCAGUCGACUUCAUUCAAAGUGCUGGAGGAGAUCCUUCAGACAGUUGACCCUGAUAAACCGUCAGGCUUCAGGAGCGUCAAAGCACCCUCAAAUAAGAUUGCAUCAUCAGUGGGGAACACAGAGAAGUUACCCUCCUGCGACAAAUGUGGAUCUGGGAUUGUGGGGAUGGUGGUAAAGCUGAGGGACAAGUUCCGUCACCCCGAGUGCUACACCUGCACAGACUGCAACGUCAACCUAAAACGGCUGGGACAUUUCUUUGUGGAGGACAAGAUUUAUUGUGAGACGCACGCACGCGAGCGAGUGACCCCGCCCGAAGGCUACGACGUGGUCACCGUCUUCCCCAAGUAGAGCGCUCCCUGAGCUCAGCCUCGGACUGCAUGCCACUAUAGGACACCAUGACAUUACCCGACACAUGAUGACAUGUAACUCUUGCUCUCUCUCUCGCAGUACGCUUCAGUAUAGUCACGGUAGGCAGGACAGUAGAGAACUGCAUCUCUGAAAAUGUUGAUUUGCACAUUAACUUUGGCCUCUAUGAAAAGAAAAUUAACGAAUACUAUAAGAUGGCAUUUUUUUUGUUUCUCCUCCCCCCCAAAAAAUCCCCAAACAUUUUAAUGGCAGCCACUGUGUUUAAGUCAUACUUGUCUUUGUAUUUGAUGUUCUUUUGAAUCAUGGAAACAGCGAAAAACUUCAUUUCACCCCAAGACACAUGUUUUCUACAGUUUUAUUUUUAAAUAAAUAGACCUACUUUUAUGAA